AUGUUUGGAAUUCGCACACCGAUGAAGAAGGUGACGGAAACAGAGGCUCCGUCUCCCCAAAAAUCACCACAACUGACGGAGAAGGCAGGACCUUCUCAACCAAACCAGACAGCAGUCCCCAGUGUGAGACGUAGCAUCGGUGAAUGGGAGUCUGGAGCCAAUGUUGGACGAAAGAAGUCUGUCCCUUUGGUUCCCUCAGGACCAAGGGAGAGGAUGCCGCUUUCCCAGGAAACCAGGCCGAGCGAACGGAGAGCAUCAGUGGAGAGCACAAAAACCCCCCCACCUAAGCCGAAGUACAACAGCAGAAUGUCAGAGGCAAAAGCCUGCCUAGUAAAAGCUAAAACGCUACUGGGUGAAUCCCGGAACCUAAAGGCGGAAAUAAAGCAAGGUGUAACGCAGGCGGUCGAGCGGUUGUACCAGCUAGCAAAGGAAGCGGGGGGAGGUAAAGAUCAAGCCUCAAAAAUAGCAAGUGAGCACCAAGGGGGAGGUGAUGAGGCGCAGGGUGGAAACCCUGAGACACCACAAACCGACCUUAUGAGAGAGCUCAUAACAAAUUUGAAGGAGCACAAAAACGUGCUUCAAGACUGUUCAGCGCACUCCCGUGCCCUCUCCAAAGACAUAAGAGACGCGCGCUCAAACGCAGCCGAGCAGAGACCCUCCUACGCAGAGAUUGCGAGACUCACCAAGUCUAUCGAGGACCUUAAGACGAAUCUCAGCGACCAAGUGCACCCGCAGCCUACCCAAGUACAGGCAGUACAACAGCCGAAACAUGACCAUACAGCACCAAUGCACACCAUCAUUGUGACGUCCGACGACAAGGAGGAGAGUGGUCAGGAAGUAAUUACUAAAAUUAGACAAGCAUUGGAUGCAAAAAAUACCGGAAUACGGGUGGACAGGCUGCGCAAAGCUAGAGAUCAGAAAGUCGUUCUAGGUUGCCAUAGCAAGCACGAACUGGAAAAGGUCAGCGAGGCGGUGAAGUCCCGAAACCUCACGGUAAAAGAAGCGCAUAACAAAAACCCUCUUGUCAUCCUAAGGGACGUCCUCUCAGUGCAUACUGAUGAAGACAUAGUGAAAGCGCUGAAAAACCAAAACGCCCACCUGCUCGCUGAUAUUAAGGAAGUUAGGAUAGCUGUCAGAUACAGACGUAGAGCAAGAAACCCACACGUCUCCCACGUAGUGAUUGAAGUGUCCCCCAUGGUAUGGCAGCGCCUCACCGCGGCGGGUCGAGUACACAUUGACUUACAGCGGGUCCGUGUGGAGGACCGGUCGCCGCUGGUACAAUGUUCGCUAUGCCUUGGGUACGGGCACACUAAGCGCCUCUGCAAGGACACUGUAGAGAAGUGUAGUUACUGCGGAGGCCCUCACAAGUGGGAGGAGUGUGCGGAUCGGCUCCCCGAGCCACUACAGCAUACUGUUAAGGGCGACGCAGAUGGCCAAGUAGCAAGGAGUGCUGGUGCUCCACCAGGUGUAAAAUCGUACCGGGUGUUCCAAGCCAACCUUCAAAGGAAAGAGUUAGCAACAAAUGAGCUUAUGCUCGAGGCAAAUAAAAUAAGAGCGGCCUUUGCACUGCUCCAGGAGCCGUAUGUGGGCAGCUCGAGUGGCAUGAAAGCCUACAGAGGGGCGAGAAUCUUUCAGAACACUGGACAGGAAGAGGGAACUGUCAAAGCGGCGAUCGCAGUCUUUGACCAAGACAUGGACAUUGUACAGUACCCAGAACUCACCACAAACAACAUCUUAGUGGUGAGGAUCCGAACCAGUGCCUGGGAGAUGGUUGUGAUUUCAUGCUACUUUGAGCCUGACCAGCCCAUAGAGCCAUACUUGGAGCAGCUAAAGGGAAUCCGCCGUAAAUUGCAACCGAAGUUGUUCCUUAUCGGCGGAGACGUAAACGCCAAGAACACCUGGUGGGGCAGCAGCAAAAUAGACUGUAGGGGUAGUGAAGUAUCUGGUGCAAUGGAAGAGAUGGAAAUGCAGGUACUUAACGAAGGAGAUGUCCCGACUUUUGAUACAAUUAGAGGCAAUAAAAGAUACGCAAGCCAUGUAGACAUCACGGCCUGCUCAUCGGACAUGUUAGGCUUGGUAGAGGAUUGGAGGGUAGACGAACGGAUAACCAGCUCGGACCACAACACCAUUACCUUCAAAGUCAGGCUCGCAAGAGCGAAAGGCACGGACAUCCAACGGACCACGCGAGUCUAUGGCACCAAAAGGGCCAAUUGGAUUCAGUUUCAUGAGAAGCUGAAACAAUUGGUGGCCGAUGGUGCCAUGGACAGAACCAAAAUAGAAGGGGUAAACACCAUAAGGGAAUUGGACUUCUUGAUGGAGGAGUAUACGAACAUCGUCAAAAAGACAUGCGAAGAUACUCUUUCCAAAAAGAAGCCCAAUCAAAAACUUACCUUACCUUGGAUGUCCGAGGAGCUUGACAAAUUGAAGAAGGAGGUCUUGACCAGGAAGCGGCGUGUCCGAUGCGCAGCACCAGUCCGGAGAGCCCGAGUUGUCGCGGAGUACCUGCAAAUGAAAGAGAUGUAUGAGAGAGAUGUAAAAAAGGCCCAGAUAUCUAGCUGGAAGGACUUCUGUGGGAAGCAGGACAGGGAGGGUGUAUGGGAGGGUAUCUACAGAGUUAUAGGUAGGACCGCCAAACGACAGGAAGACCUCCCUCUGGAGAUAGACGGCAGGACUGUUGACAUGCGCGAUUCUGCUAGAGCCCUGACUGAGACUUUCUACCCUGAGGAUUCGGCGGACCGUGACACGGCAUACCACCGACAUAUACGAGCGGAGGCCGACAGGGUGAGCGGUGUUUCCCGGGACGAAUCCCGGGACCCACCGUUCACAAUGGAGGAGCUCCGAGCAGCGGUAGAGAGUUUCAAUCCUAAAAAGGCACCUGGCGCAGACGGUUUUACGGCGGACAUUUGCAGUAGGGCCAUCUCAUGUGACCCAGGACUUUUCCUAUCACUGGUCAACAAGUGCCUAGAGCUUGAACACUUCCCGACCAUCUGGAAGAAGGCCACAGUAGUGGUCUUACGAAAGCCGGGGAAAGACAAUUACCGGAUCCCCAAGGCAUACAGGCCGAUAGGAUUGUUGCCAGUGAUGGGGAAGAUCUUUGAAAAACUGAUCGUAGGCAGACUGAAAUGGCAUAUUCUUCCCAGGAUUAGUACUCGCCAAUAUGGCUUUAUGCCCCAAAAAAGCACUGAGGACUCGCUCUAUGAUCUAGUGAAUUAUAUACGUCAGAAAAUAAAAGCUAAAAAGCUUGUAACGUUAGUCUCGCUAGACAUAGAGGGGGCCUUUGACAACGCUUGGUGGCCAGCAAUAAGAGUCAGAUUGGCUGAGGAAAAGUGUCCUGCAAAUAUUCGGAGAGUGCUUGACAGCUACCUACGAGACAGACAGGUCACAGUGAGAUAUGGGGGGGAACAAUACACGAAGGCCACAACGAAAGGUUGUGUACAGGGGUCGAUUGGCGGUCCUAUCCUGUGGAACCUUCUCCUGGACCCUCUCUUAAAAGGGCUUGAGGAGCGGGGGGACUAUGUACAGGCGUUCGCGGAUGACGUGGUCCUCGUGUUCCACGGAGAAACAGCGUUAGAAGUCGGGAGGCAGGCUAAUGCCGCCCUCGCCUAUGUCCAAGAUUGGGGAAUGAGAAAUAAACUCAACUUUGGUCCGCAAAAGACCAAAGCCAUGCUUUUGACAAAUAAAUUAAAAUACGACACCCCAAUCUUGGAUAUGGGCGGGAUUAGCAUCGAAAUGUCAAACGACAUCAAAAUCUUAGGGCUACACGUCGACAGGAAGUUAACUUUUAACAAACACAUUUCAGAGGUGUGCAAAAAAGCUAUUGCAAUUUAUAAACAGCUUUCAAGAGCAGCAAAAGUGGACUGGGGUCUUCACCCGGAAAUCAUUAGACUCAUUUACAACGCAGCAAUCGAGCCAGUCAUUCUGUACGCCUCUAGUGUUUGGGCUUCAGAGGCUGACAAACUGGGAGUGCAGAAACAGCUGAAUAACGUCCAGAGAGGGUUUGCACAAAAACUGACGAAAGCGUACCGAACCGUAUCCCUGAACUCUGCCCUGGUACUGUCUGGGUUGCUCCCACUUGACCUCCGAGUUAAGGAGGCAGCCGCCCUGUAUGAGGCCAAGAGGGGGGUGCCCCAGCCAAUGCUAGGGGAUAGAGAAGUGGAACGGGUCGUUGGAUAUGCCCAAGCUCCACACCCGGCGACGCAUAUGAAACUGGAGUUCGUCUGUCUGGUAGACCAAGAGCAGGUCGACUGCCAUAACAAUCAAGCAGUUCGUAUAUAUACAGACGGCAGCAAAAUUGACGGCAAGGUCGGGGCAGCUCUAUCCGUGUGGGAUGGAGAUGCUGAGACCAAAACCGUCAAAUUGAAACUGUCUCCGUAUUGCACGGUCUACCAGGCUGAACUGCUGGCCAUAUGCGAAGCCACUAGGGUGAUUUUGGCGUGCCAUCAAACGAGCUUUGGCAUAUACAGUGACUCGAGGUCGGCGCUCGAAACCAUCGUCAACCACGACGCCAAACACCAUCUGGCUGUCAGGACACGAAAAAACCUCGCAGCGGGCAAACUCCAGAACAAGGAGAUAUCCCUCUUCUGGAUUAAAGCACAUGCCGGAUUAGAAGGCAAUGAAAGAGCAGAUCAACUGGCAAAAGACGCGGCUCAACGGGUGAAGACCAAACCUAACUACGAUCUCUGCCCAGUCUCGUAUUUGAAGAGGCAGAUUAGAAUAGAGUCCCUUGAAAAGUGGAACGAGAGAUAUCGGGCAGGUACAACAGCCUCAACAACGAAACUGUUCUUUCCGGAUGCGACAAUGGCUUAUAAAAUUGUAAAAAAGUUAGAGUUAACGGGAGUCCUAACGCAAGUGCUGACGGGGCACGGUGGUUUUUCCGGGUACUUGAAUAGGUUUAAGUGCAAGGAAGACCCAUCGUGCAUCUGUGAGCCAGGGGUAGAGGAGACCGUCGCCCACCUUCUCUUUGAAUGUCCCACAAACGGUCCCCUUAGGUAUGACGUGGAGCAAAUGUUGGAAACCACACUGUGUAGAGAAAGAGCAAGUGAAAUAUUAGCGGAUAAAACCAGUAGAGCAAUUUUCAUCAAAUAUUGCCAAAUUGUGGCGAACAGGGCUAUAAAGAGAAACAAGGAGCAACAAAAAUGA